ACUCUACUGUUCACAUCAAUCGUUCCUUCAGCAUCACGAGAAAUAUGGCCCCCAACCGUUAUACCAUCACAGUUCAAGGAAAAAUCUACUGGAGGCUCGUCUGGGAGUACGACAACAGCCAGAACAACGGGAAAAUCACCGAAAAAUAUACCCUGGAGAAAUUGACGUCCUACACCUCCAGUACUUUUAGGCAAGACGUCAGUAGCGAGACGAAGAAGGCUAUAGAGAGAGGGGAGAUCAAAUCAGAGGCGGGUGUAUCCUACGGCCCUGUCUCUGCUUCCGUCUCCGCGGAGUACGAGAGUUCGAAAGAGAUCAACGAUUUGAUGGAGAGCACAACGAAAAACCAGACAGAUGAGACGUACGAAACCAAGAGCACGUUCGAGAGAAGUUUCGAGAUUGGCCCAUACAGCAAGCUAAUUUUGUACCAGCAGUGGUUCAGUGCCGCCGGAGUCGACUUGAAGAGUGAUGUCGUCAGUACAAACCCCGAUAGGGGCAGUGAAGUCAAGAUCGUCGAUAUCGAUGUCGUCAUUGAAGAGCAAGAAUUUAUCAAGGACGUCAAGGUCGUCUACUCUGAUCAGCCUUCCGGAAAGCCUGAGGAGAGAGUCCGAGAGUAUUCCGGAGGAAAUGAUGAUAUCAACGCCGGUUUCAAGGGAAAGUAUGUCAGCCUUGUCCCUGUGUACACUUACGACAUUCGUGAGGCGGCAACCUUUUUCGAUGUUAUCAUUCAAAGCUCGGCCUGGGCUGGCCAUGAUGAUCUCGCUAAAGACGCGGGUGGUGACUACCGGUACCUUGUCCCCGUAAAAGAUGAACGCAACUCCAAGAAGAUCUACCAGCUUGCGCUAUUCCGUUCUAGCAAAUACUCCACGAGGGAGCACAUCAGAUCGCUUGGGUAUGAUGAUAUGACCAGCGACAUUAACGAGAAUAGAGGUGGAGAUUACUUGUACCUUAUCUGGAAGUCUAAGAUUGCGUAUGCAACUGUUUAG